UAUAUUUUAGGCUGCUCGCUGUUAACGGUAUUCAAAGUUCGAAUGAAAAUGGAUUUAUCUGAGGAAAAAAUGCUUGAAUUUUUUGAUGACCUUGAUGACGAGAUAGAAGGAAAAUGGGACAUAUCUGUAGUAGAAAUCGACUACGGAAGUGUUGAUUGCAAGAAGACACUGCAGACUGCAUUGAAUCAUUUGAACAUCACAUUAAAUCAGGAAUCACCGCUAUGGGCAGAUGUUAUAGCGGAUAUGAUGGAAAUUUCUAGGGAAAAAUCCAGAAGUAAAGUGACAGCUAAAUACAUUGAAAAAUUGCAAAAGCCACAUUCGAACAAUUUUGAAAUCUCUCAUUUGGACCUAAAACGCAUAAUCAAAACUGCAGCACUGAAAAUUAUAAAAGAAGCGUUUCAAGUAACCCAAGUAACUGAACCAUUCAUGCAAACGUCAAUAACCAAAGGCGACAAAAAGAUGAUUGAGGACCUAGCUGGGGGGUUGCUAAAAUGGGGAAUAAAGGGUCUAGGUGCUUUCUGGUGCCAAAACCAAGCUUCGGGGCAUGAUCUUCCCAAUUGCUUUGAAGAGCGCAAUAGAGGCGGUCUCAUAUCAGCAUCCGAAACAUUUGUCCUCUUCCUAAUCUCUGUGGAACGCGAAUUCCGGGCUCAAGUAUGCAAAAGGGUAAUAGAUGAACGGCGUAUUAUUGGAAAUAUUGACAUGGACCCCUUCAGCCCCAGUGAAUCCAGUAUUCUGACCAUUCUUGUGAGAAGAUUUAUUCGAACGAGGGCCCCUAUCCAUUGCAAGAACAACGUUUCAAAACAAAAAAAAUAUGGACCCAAAUCAUAUGGACUUCGGGAUGGAGGCAUUUUUGACAAAUAAACCAUCGAUUAAUAUUCAUAUGAAAAUAUGACCAAAAUACGCUUCUAGAGUAGGGGUCUCCAAAUCAAAACAUGUCGCGGGCCACUUUUUGAAUUUUAUUGGCCACGCGGGCCGCAAACCAAGAAAUUAGGUACAAAAAUGAGUAUCUGAAUUUGCCAUAAUUAUGAGCAUUGCGUCUGUGUAGCGUAUUUAGGUAUAACAACUAUAUAAAUCUCAGAUUAUAAUUAUGGAUGUUUCCCCGAGUAUACACUUCCUUAUUUACUGCGGUGCAAAUUUUGACGUAAUAAUACACAUUUUAGAAGCGCUCAGAUACUUUCGCCAUUCAGACAGUCUGUCGUGGUUGAAUUUUGGAUUUCAGUUGGAAAGGAAUAUCCGGAGUUAUU